AUGGGAGAAGCUGGAAUUUUCUCGGCAUCGCCGAGAGCGUUUGCUAGCACGCUUGCUUCAGUCUCGGCUCAGGCCCAUGAUCACUACCCGAGCUCUGACGUGGUCAUGGCGAAUGCCAAAGGCGAAUGCCCCGUGGGAGCUGAAGAACUUGAAGGCAUGUGUGAGAGGAGAACUGGAGUUUACAAACGCAUCAAGGCAGAUUUUGAGGAAUGGUGUGUCGAGCAGCAGCAGAAGUUUCGGAUAGAGACGCUGGAUCUUCAGGACGAGCUGCACCAGCUGAGGAAAUGUCUAAGUGAGAUGGAACAGGAAGAGCGGAGAGCUACCACAGGGCUGAGAGACCUUCUCCACCGCCCCUGGAUGCAAAACACACAAUCUCCGGACAGCGGAGAGCUAUUUGCUGAAGGAGACAGAUGGGUGAGCGAGUUCCACAGCAUCAAAUCAGAGAAUGACCAUGGGCUGCGCAGCUCAGGACAUGGAGUCGACAAGAAGAGCAUUCUGGAAGGUAUCAGAAAGACUCGGAAGAAACUUGAUGACCUACCAGCGGAAUACGCCGCAGCCCAGAGAGAGGAGACACGGAGACUCAGGGCGCGGCUGGAAGAGCUGUGGCAGCCUCAGAGUCAACAAGGUCCUUCCAACACGCAGAAGCUCCUAGACAACUCCGUUCAGGGGCGGAUGAGACCGAGCCCAGAAGCGGCCAACCUUGGUGCGGAAGAAGCCUCUUCGGAAGAAGCCUCAGCGGCGACCUCUGCCGCAGCUCACGGGCAGAGAUGGAGGCCUCCACGAGAAAGGCAAUUCGAAUCUUUCAGCGCGAUGGGUACUGAAGAAAUAGCAUUUCCACUGCGCUCAGACAUGCUUCCUUCCUCAGAUCAGCCCAAUACAUUGUCAGCUCCUGCGAAGCCGCAGUCAAAUACUGUUCAAUCAUCAACCACAGAUCGCAGGCCGGACCAUUCUAUGAUUCGUUCGAAACACAAGCUUUCCAAGCCAGCUUCUAGAGGCUUUGUCUCUUUCCGAGAUCAUCAUGGGCGGUAUCAAGCAGAGAGGGCGACUGCUGAAUGGAGACUGCAUAGUGACAAACGGAACGGUCCCCUGAGACACGCGGUUCCUGGACCAGGUACACAAGACCAGAAUUCGAACCCUACAUCCUCGCCCACUUCAAACACACGCGGUCACCCAGAAAUGUCUAUGUUACCUAGCAUUCCUGCUGAAGGAGUGCAGGCCAUGAAAGAGCCAACUAGUGACCGACAUCUCGACAAUACAGAAACCCCGUCUAAUUUCACUCAGAAAGCACAGACGGGCGCCGGGACUAGCACGAUCACUGCUGUUCACUCGAUACUCCGCGAAGCUCUGGAUCUGAACCCCAGAGAUAGAACACUGUUCGAAACGCAAGAAACUAGGCGCGGGAGCCAGGCCUCGGUGUCCGAUUCUGACUCUGAGCUGCCGCUUGCGAAGAAGCACAAGGCAGAAAAGACGAUACUUUUUAAAGAAGUCAAUGCCGAGAACAAGGAUUGGAGACACGAACAGAUCUACAGGAUCAAUGAGUUUCCGGCGAGGUCGAACAAGUGGUAUAUCUUUCGCUCUCCAUUCGUUGUAAAGGCGAUCGAGCAGUCGAGGAGCUGGGAAUACGUGUCAUUGACUGUGAUGCGAAGAAAGCGUCGCGGAACAAUACUGCGCAUGAGCUCGCGUGUGAGCAAGGUUAUCGCCCGGAUUCAGUCGUCAGAGGACGCCAUCGCGCUCGCCACCGUGCCUCAGUCGCAGACCGAACAGAACAACAAUCUGUCACUCCCGGAGACUCUGACUGGUCCCGAGAAGAUCUGCGCACUGGACUGUCCAGGUGCAAGAGCGGCGAUGCUCAGCCAUUGUGAAAAGUGCUGGUAUCCAGUAACAGUGUUGCCCUGGGGAGACUUACGCGAGGUCGGAAUGGUUGGCCGCUUGGAUGACACCGACCUCUUCAACCAAAAGCUUCCAACCUGCUUUGCCGUGGUAGCCUCGCAGAAUGGCCUAGAAAUUGCCGGAUGGAAAGAAGACUUCCAAGACCAUGGCCGCCGCGUUUCUGAGCGCAAAUUUCCUUGCCUGUUCUUCGACGGAAGCUCUGCAGUCUUGCACGCAGAGGGCUCAUCCUCGAAAUCAGUGACACGAAACCUUGCUUGGGUCAUGGCGAAACAUCUGCGAUCCAUCAAUUUCCGCCACCCGCACGGUCACAUCUUCAACGAAGCCGGCCUUGCUGAAGCUAAAUAUUUCAGGGAACAAGUUGCAGUGUUGAACAAUCAAGCUAUCCGAGAAACACCUGAAGACUCUCGACCCUUGAUUGCACGGGAUAGUGGUGUAGGCAGCGUCCGUGAAAGCCCUCAUCGCAAUCAUGCUGAGCAUCUUGAGGCCGCGGGGAUGGCACAUGACCCAACUCCCAGGCCCGAGAGCUCUAACGAUGGGCGUGUUGUUCCGCGUGAUGGGUGGCAUGUUCAUACGACUGACUAUUACCGCCAACGAAUUGAUGAAGCCCAGACACAACUGCUUAGGGGCCAAUCUGGAUCGUCAGAGCAUCACGGAAAUGUCUUCGAGGCUCAGCCAAAGAGGCCAUAG